AUUAUAUUUUCUACCAAAAAAUAAAAUACAAUACAAUUCAGACUCCUUCCCUUCCCUUCCCUUCUAUCACUCCAAAUACCGCACAAAAAGCCUAAAGCCUAAAGCCUCUCCCCAAGCGAAUCCCAUGGCUUCCUUCUGCUCAGAUCAGAUCUCGCUUUCUCUCUCUAACAAGCAACCAUUUCAUAGCUAAAUUCACCCCCUCACCCAAUAAUGUUCCCAAUUUUCUAGAAAGAUAAAGAUUCAGAUUGAGAUUAACAGAAACAUUACAAUUCCAUGGCUACCUUACAAAAAUUCAAGCUCCUCGCCACUCAAUGCGCCGUCGCAGGAAGUCCGACAAGGAGCCCAUCGGCGAGCCCUGUCAUCCAUCUACGCCGGCGAAAGACACUCCGAAUGCUCCUCAACCGUCCUGAGAGGAGGCUCCCGCGGCGGGAAAUGUCAUCGGACGUUACGGAAAUAGAUGGAGAAGACGGCGAAGAUCCGCCACCGAUGAAGAGCAAGGAAGUUAGGGCUCGACGGAAGUUAAAGGAUCUGUUCGUAUCGUCUCCGCCGCCUCUAGAGGAUAGGGUUUGCAAUAAGAGAGGAGGCGAUGGAGAAGAAGAACAACGCGGAUUGUUACCCGGAACUACGGCAAGUGUAGAAAGUGGCUUCGGCGUCAGCUUGGUGGCUCGGCGCCGCGGAUUCGGGUCGCUACGGCCGGUUACAGCGGGGUUUCGUUAUAGAUUGCUCAGAAGAGCUUGGCGGCCCGUGCUCGUUACUAUCCCAGAGUGAAAAAAAAAAAGAGAAAAAUGUAUGAGAAAUUGGAAAAUAUUUUUAUUUUAUUUUAUUUGUUUAUAAAUAUAUAUAAAAUAUUUCUCUUGUGAAAA